ACGAAAAGCGUGGCACGCCAAAGUGUGAGAGAUCAUCAUCUUUCUUUGCCAUAAAAAGUUGGUAAUUUUUUGCAAUUCUCAAACAACAAGAAUGCUGUAGCUGGCAAAUUCAUCAUCCCUAUCUCAUUGCAAAUUUCAAACCCUUCUUAAAGAAUGGCCAUCAACUUCAGCUAUUGGGAUGAUUGUGUUGACCCUGAGGAUUUGGAGGCAAUGUGGAAUGUGCCUGAAGUAAGGACUGAAUGGUUAAAAGCUGGAGAGGCGAGAUGUCAGAAGGUUCACCUCUCACGUGAUCCUGAUGGGCAGCCAUAUUUAACACAGACUGAAAUGAGGGCUGUAUCUAAGAUUGUUAUUGGCAGGCACUUCGAUUCAGAGAUAGAUCCUGGCAUGAUUUGUGCUAUUGCUGAACUUGAAAGUGAUAGGCAACUACUUGUUAUGCGCUCUGGCCACAAAUCUAAAGAGCCUACUGUGGGGCUUAUGCAAAUUUUACCCAAAACUGCUGAGUGGUUGAUGAGUGAAUUAGGUUAUCGUUCAUAUUCAGCAGAAGGGAAUAUUCAAUUUCUAUGCAAACCUUUCAUAAGUGUAUAUUUCGGUGCUGCUUAUAUUAAAUGGUUGUCAAAUUUCGAUAAAAAAAAAAGAAGUGAGGAGUUUAUUGUAAGAGCAUAUAAAGGUGGUACAAAGAAGGCAACUCACAAAUCCACAUUGUCCUUUUGGAAAUCCUAUUUGUCAAUCAAAGGAAGUUUCCCAUCUAGGAAAUCUGUUGAUGAUGGUCCUCCGUUGAGCAACGCUUCAGCUCCUGUUCAUUGUCCGGCUGGAUCUCCUAUACCUUCAUUAGAAAAUUCAAAAGAUGCAAGUGUUGACACAUAUUGGGAUUCCAGAGCAUCUCCAGAAGAUAUGGAAGCUAUGUGGAAUCAUCCUGAGAUCCAUAAAGUGUGGAGUAAAUCCAAACAAAAACAGGGAAAGGUGCGUUUUACUCAUGACGAAAAGAAGAGACCAUAUCUUUCCCGGGUGGAAAUAAAGGCAGUUGCGGACAUAGUUCUAUUCAAAUACCUCAACACCUUGAAAAUUAAAUCUAGAGUACUUUGUGCCAUUGCAGAGGUUGCUAGCACGCGUUUUGUAGAUGGAGUUGAAGGGCGACCUGGAAUAAUGGGGAUUGACUACUCCACUGCUUUCUGGCUUUACUUGGAGUUGGGCCACAGGGCUUAUAAACUUGAAUCUGCUGAUGAUCUGAACAGUCCAUUUGUGUCCAUGUACUUUGGUGCUGCCUAUGUUGCAUGGUUAUCAGAAUAUGAGGGAAGGGAAAGAGCUCCACAGUUUUUUGUUCAAGCAUAUUUUGUAGGACCAAAAAAUGUUAACCCUCAGGAUGUAAGUCCUCUCUGGCUAAAAUUCGAGGAAUCACUCAGCAAAUACGAAGAAACAAAGAGGAGUGGUGAUAGCUGCUCCAUCAUGUAAGCUGAGAUUUGCAUGAUGAAUGAUGAUUGUGGGGACUCUAGUUGUUCAAGUUGUUGUAUUGUAUUUCAUUUGGGAUCUGUGUAAUUGUGAUGGUGGAAUCCACAUAUUGGUGGAAUGAAAAGGAAACAAGAGGGGGGAAGAAAGAAGGAAAGAGGAGAAACGUAUGUUCCAAGAAAUUACUACUUCCUGUAUAGAACCGAUUCUUUGAAAUCUAUUUUAGUCAAUUCAAUUCAAUUCAAAUUAUGUCA